GGGGUCCGAUUACCACCCACAGAAGGUGGAGGCCACCCUUGCGGACGUAUGGCUUCUCAGAUCAGAGAGAGGCCACAACUCGGCUAGCUUUAGGCAGCAUUUUUCUUGUGGAGAGGAGGGGGUGAAAUCGCGUGUCAUACGUCCAUCACGCUGUGUGAUGCGUGCAGGGAGAUGAUUGGGUGGCUCUUAAGAUCCUCUUCCUCCGCCGACGACCUCGUCAACACUACACCACCGGGAGCGUCACGCACCGCCCAUGGUAGCUUCGUAAUCUCCUUUUUGACUCCGCAAGGCAUUGAUGUGUUUCAGAUUCCUCCCGUUUCCUUUCCUUUUGCGAUCUCGUGCGCGUUGAGCUCCGAUCGAGACCGUAGAGAUUCGCGUUUAGGGUUCUUUAGGCCGUCCUUGGGAGCUAGCGCUACGGAGUCUGGGUCGAUUUUUCUGGGCAAUUCGGGAUCGGGAAAGAAUUAGGCAGCGGGGGAAGGGCAUCUGGAGUUGAAUUUCUUGAUUCGGGUUGGGAGGGAUUCCUCUGCAAAUAAAGCCGACCCUUAGUGAUAUGUCAAUAUUUGGAUAUGUGUAUAAAUUUGAAGACAAACAAAUGUAGUUGGUCCUGUCUGUUUUGGACAGUAUAGAGAAAAUUACUUGCUGACUAUAUUGAGAAAAUGGAGGAUGAGAAUGAGCUGGAGCUUAGCUUGGGCCUUUCCUUUGGAGGAUCUUCAGGAAAAUCUAAAAGCAGAAGUAUACCUUCGGACUCUAUGGUGGAGGAAGGAAGUAUUAGUCAAUCAAUGGGCAGAUCUGUGACCAUUUCAGAUGUUCCAUUCAAGAACUUCUUCCAGAAUAAUGGUGGAAACCAAGACCAAAGCGGGAAACAAGCAGUUUCUCCACCGCAAGAGAACUUCUGGAAGGAUAUUGGCAAGUGCAGUGCUCCAACUGCGGAUGGUUAUGAAAUUGCACAGAGUAGCCAAUCACAGUUUACCAGAAAUAAAGAAAUUCAGAUUGCAAAUAACAGAAGUAAUGAGACCGAGGAAGAGAAUUCAGGUAUGAAGAAACGAAGAUUACACUCUGAGGAAACAAAUUUUCAAAAGAAGCAUGAGAAGGUAGCCGGCCAUGCUGAUGUGGUAGGUAAGGGCCCUGAUGAUGUCACUGUGCCAAAACAUUCACAUCGCUCAAUUGCUGUAGACAAUGCUUCAACCGGUGAAAACGAGGAUGUUGCAGAAUCCGAGACAGAAGUUUCAAGCUCUUGGUUAGUUUCACAGCAUGUAGACAUUGCUAAGCGCCCUGAUCUUCUUAAAGGUACUGCUAAGCCUGCUUUAAGCGAUCCGUCCAGGAUUGGUUUCCAAGGGCAGAUACAACAAAAUUAUUCUGGAAAUAUAUCCGAUGUUGAACUUCCAAAAGUAACAUAUGGAACUCCGUCUUCUCUUAAACCAAUUGCUGUCUCGAUGGUGCCGUAUUCAGUACCUGCUAAACCAACUACUGCUGUUGCAUCUAUUGCAGCAAGCUAUCCUUCACCAUGUGUUGUGCAAGCCACGCUUCCAACAAACAAUGACCAUACUAUGGUUCAGGGAACAAACACUGAUGGCCAGCAGCUUGUUUUUGGGUACUCAGCGGUCCAGCUUCCAACAUUAGAGACAAACUCUUCAUGGGCAUUUGGUUCUCAGCCUCAGGUAGUCUCUUCAUCAACUGUUGGAACAUCAAACUCGCAGCUUGUUGAAGUUGAGGCAAAGAGAUCAAAUGUUCCCAUUCAGAUUCAUUCAUCAACAAAUUUGGGAUAUGAAAAGAAGUUAGCAGGUGUAGGGAAAGGGAAUGGUAAACAUGUCAUGGAAACUGGAACAUCAUCGUCUUCUCAUGCUGAGGAAGGCAAGGGUAUCAAUUCUAUUUUCAGGCAGAAGGAAAUAGCUAAAUCACCUAUUGUUGAAGGCUUUCUUCAUGAUGUAUCUUCCAUAAAGCCUGGUGUUGCAUCAAACUUGAAAUUCGGAGGAUGUGGCUCGUUUCCAGAUCUCCCAUGGGUUUCGACAACUGGGCCAGGCCCUAAGGGUAAGACCAUAUCUGGUGUUACCUACAAGUAUAGCGAAAACCAAAUUAGGAUUGUCUGUGCAUGCCAUGGGUCCCAUAUGUCCCCAGAAGAGUUCAUUCAGCAUGCAAGUGCCGAUCCUAUCAACCCAGAAAACAAUACAAGCUUGGCUUCAUUCACUAGCAGUCCAUCAGGUUCGGCGCAGAACUAGUUUUAAGCUCUUAAUGAAGUUAAGCUAUGUUGUUCUCUUUUGAGAACAAAUAUGGCAUGGCAGCAGAUCAUGCAACAGGCACAUGACUGAUUGAAUGUGGUAUUACUUGAAUGCUGUCUUACUUUACUCUGUACUUAAUGGUCUUGUCAUCCAUUAGCCUUAUGUUUUAUUCCAAUACAGAUUUUAAACAUUAUGAAGAGACUUUGUAACUUAUCAGUUGUAUGAAUCUUAUUUUUCCUUGUUUAAAUUCGCCCCUCAACUUUCAAAGUGCUUUGAGGGAGGUUAUCAAUUAA